CGGCAGACACUUGACGGUGGUGGAGAAGAGAGAGUGGUGAUUGUUCGGAGCGGCGGAGCCUCUAGCCCGGAGCGCACGCAUGUUCAGUGGACUCGAAUGGUGUGAAGCCCCAGAUGAGGGUCUCAGACGUCCGGGAAUGACAGCCGCUGUCAACGGGAGUGACAGCUUUCACUCUAAGCUACUCCACUAAAAAAAACCUCCAGCUGACACUCAACACUGAUCCGGAUCGGAUCCAGCCCGAACCAGGACUAUGCCAGAGAUGGAGAAAGGGAGACCACCGGAAAAUAAACGCAGCAGGAAACCUGCGCACCCCGUAAAGAGGGAGAUCAACCAGGAGAUGAAGACGUUUGCAGAAAGCACUAUGAACGAGCUGCUGGGAUGGUACGGCUACGACAAGGUAGAUCUCAGAGACUCGGAGGCCAACGAGAUCAGAAACUACAGAGAAAGGCGUCAGCAUGUGUCUGUGCUAAAAGAAAACUCGUUGCCAAAACCCAAGAGUCUGGACACCAAAGUUGGUCAUUCAGUCCUCACCAUGAAGAGUGGAGAGAGAGAGUCCUCCAGUGUCCCCUCCUCUUCACCCUCCUCUUCCUCAACAAGUUCAUCCCUGACCACACCCAAAGAGCACAAGAGUGCCCCUGUCAUUGUCCCCCUUAUAAAGCCAUCAGCAGUGGAAGAUGUACAGAACGUGCAGAUAGUGUGUGUUUGGUGUCAGAAGGAAGGGGUAAAACGCUACUCUCUGUGUAUGGGUUCAGAGCUCAAGAGCUUCUGCAGUGAAAAGUGUUUUGCAGCCUGCAGACGGGCCUACUUCAAACGCAAUAAGGCCAGAGAUGAAGACGGCCAUGGUGAGAGAUCGCCUCAGCACACCCAUACAGAGGACUCGCCCAGACUGGUGUUGAAGAUAAACAGCAAUGUCAGAUCUCUCUCCCCUGUACCACAGGUAUGUGAUUGGUGCAAGCAUGUCCGUCACACUAAAGAAUACCUGGACUUCGGUUCUGGCGAGGAACGACUCCAGUUCUGCAGCACCAAGUGUCUGAAUCAGUACAAGAUGGAUGUUUUCUACCGAGAAGCCCGCGCAGCUCUCACCAGCUCCAGCCCAAGCAGACCUAGUCCAGAAGGGAGGCCGGACAACAUUAUGGCUGGACAAAAGCUACUCACUCCUGAGUCUUGGAACAGCAGCAGCAGUGCAGGAGAAGCUCGUCAUAGAAACCUUUCCCCUAAAGGGCCUACGCCAAUCCAUGGAUCAGCAGAAUCCACCUCUAUCUCCUCCUCAGAGGCCACCUCUUCUAAUUCCAAGGUCCCUGUCUCUGGGCUGAGGACACUGGAGAGACCCAUCCAGACUCAACAUCCCUCUGCUGUGGAGGUGUCACCUCACUCUGCCCCCCAUCAUCCUCCACCCCCUCCUCGUCCCACUCUGGAACAUCAGCCGGUACCUCAAAUCCACAUGCCCUUCAUCAGACCUCCUCUUCAUGCUCAGGGCCUGAAAAGCCCCCUUGCCAACCCACCUAGACACCCAGGCCCCCCUUCCAGCCCUAUCCACAGACCUCCUCACUCUCCUCACCUGCAGCCCCCAACCUCCUCUUCCAUGAAUCCCCCUGGGAUGAUGCAUCCCUUCCCAGGAGCCUACUUCCCCGGCUUGCACUCUCCUCCUCUGAAUAUGAUGCCAAGAGGUCCUGUUCCAAUGCCUCCCAUGAUGAACUUUGGUAUUCCUUCCUUUAGCCCACUUCUGCCCCACCCCACUGUCCUGGUGCCUUAUCCCAUCAUUGUUCCCCUACCUGUCCCCAUACCGAUUCCUAUCCCCAUUCCAGUCCCUUCUAAGGCAACCCUAGAAACUCCAAGUCACAGUGGUGUUAUCCAGCUUGUGCCAGAGGGGGCAGACAGGAGUAGAUCCAGGGCUACCAGGCCACCAUCUCCAGGGAUCCCUGAAGGGGACAGCAGAUUGGUAGCCAACAAAUUGGGUGGAAUUUUGACUCAAGCUCUCCCCUCACCAAGUGACCCCAACAUAAGGGACAUAGAUUGGGUUAAAGCAGAGAGGCCAUUCCCUUCCCCAACAUCCACACCCCACAGUGGAGCAUCCUCUCCAAGAGCACAGUACAAUGAAUCCCCCUGCUCAGCCUCAGAGUCGGAGGGGCUGGCAGAUUAUAAGCAGCAGCAGUCAGAGCGACAAGUCAUCCAAAGGGUUCUUCAAAGGACCCAGGUGAAGCUGGGGCCCACUGCAAAUGGAGUGGUGGACCUAUCAGGGCUGGGUGAGUCAGGAACAGGUCAGGGUACCAAAUCAGGGCUCCAUGACGUCAUAAGACCCACCCCUCCUCUACCACAGUCCCCUUCACAUGACACUGUCUGCCACCACCAGGACUCCCACACUCCACCUUCACACACCCCAUCCAGCCCCACAGGGAGCAGCCAUCCAUAUGAUGCCACGUCCUCUGCCCUGACAUCCCAGGACCACAGUCCAAAUGGCAUGACCUCCUCAUCCACACCCGCUAGUCCGGACUCCUCCUUACCCCAGAGAGUACCAGCACCACCCCCUGACCCUGCACUCAGUGAGCUGGAGGCUAUCAAAGAGAACAAGUGUUCUGUUGUUGGCCCAGUGCAGGUUGAGGGCCCAGUCAGUCACUCAGAAGAGCCCUUAGCAGUAGUCGGGGAGGUAGGAGAGGACCCCCAUGUUCCUGAUGAGGACCAUGCCUAUGCCCUGCCCACAGCGCCAAAGACAGCUGGGACCACCACCCCGCUGCUCUUGCCCAAACUCAGGGACAAGGGUAGCCUGCGGAGCCCUGCUAAUAUGCCCAGUGCUGGAGACAUGGAGCCAGCUCUGAAGAGGCGAUGCCUACGAAUCCGUGAUCAGAAUAAGUAGAGGAUGGAGACUCCCUGUUUAACACUGUAAUGGUAGUGCCAGAUUCAGUGCCACGCCCUCUUGUGGACAACGCCAGUGCUAACACCCUCCAGCCAGUCCCCCUGCCUGUCAGCCCACCAGAGUGUUGCUCUGCCUGUAGACCAGCAGGGUGCCAACCCAGGAAGCAGUCCAGAUGGCCAUAUUAUCACAAGUCAACGUGGGGGAAGAACACAACACAGUCACACAUUUUGUCCUGGACCAAAGAGUAUUGUUGGCUGGUGUGUUAUGUUGUGUUCAGUGAGCGCUUGAUAUGGAGCAUCUCAGAUCUUCUCCCUGUCUGACAUUGCCCUAAAGUGUGUCUGUUUGUGUG